CCGAGUCAUGGCUUCGUGCAGCACUUCAUCUGUAAUAAUGCCGGCGUUUAUCUCCAACACCACAACCACUCGCAUUCCAUUUUACCGGUCUUUCACGCGCCAAUUGAGAAAAAAGCAGACUUACAGCACAAUUGUUGUUGCUGCACAGAAGAAUGCUAUGCAGUACAGAAAACUGGGUGACUCUGAUCUUAACAUCAGCGAAAUUACUAUUGGCACUAUGACAUUUGGAGAACAGAAUACAGAGAAGGAAGCUCAUGAAAUACUUAGUUAUGCAUUUGAUCAAGGAAUUAAUAUUAUUGAUACUGCUGAGGCUUAUCCUAUCCCAAUGAAAAAGGAGACUCAAGGAACGACGGAUCUCUACAUUAGUAGCUGGCUGAAGUCCCAACCCCGUGAUAAGGUGAUUUUGGCUACAAAAGUUUGUGGUUAUUCAGAAAGAUCAAGUUACAUACGUGAAAAUGCGAAGGUUUUGCGAGUAGAUGCUGCUAAUAUUCGAGAAAGUGUGGAAAAAAGUUUGAAACGUCUCAAUACUGAUUACAUUGAUUUACUCCAAAUACAUUGGCCAGACAGAUAUGUACCAUUGUUCGGUGAGUUCUUUUAUGAACCUUCAAAAUGGAGGCCAAGUGUGCCUUUCGUUGAGCAGCUUAGAGCCUUUCAGGAACUCAUUGAUGAAGGGAAGGUGCGCUACAUUGGUGUUUCCAAUGAAACUUCAUAUGGAGUAAUGGAGUUUGUCCAUGCUGCAAAAGUUGAAGGAUUGCCGAAGAUUGUCAGCAUUCAGAAUAGCUACAGUCUGCUGGUGAGGUGUCACUUUGAAAUUGAUCUUGUCGAAGUAUGCCACCCAAACAACUGUAACAUUGGGUUACUUUCUUAUUCCCCACUGGCUGGUGGAUCCUUAUCGGGGAAGUAUUUGGACAGUAACUCUGAAGCUGCUAGAAAAGGGAGAUUUAACCUGUUCCCAGGCUACAUGGAAAGAUACAACAAAUCCCUUGCCAAGGAAGCAACUGUCAAGUAUGAAGAAGUGGCCAAGAAGCAUGGUCUAUCCCUGGUUGAGUUAGCCCUAGGAUUUGCCCGAGACCGGCCAUUUAUGACAAGCUCAAUUAUAGGUGCAACUUCAGUGGAUCAAUUAAAAGAAGAUAUCGAUGCUUUUUUGACAACUGAGAGACCUUUGCCACCUCAAGUAAUGGAUGAUAUUGAAGACAUUUUCAAGAGAUACAGAGAUCCUGCUUCAAGUUAACUGCCAAAUUCUCUUAUUUUCUUAUCAAAAAGUUGCUGGAGUUUCUCACUAUUGCAGAGCUAGAUUUGAGUUAUUAUUUUUUUUGGUGUUAAAAACGUCCAAAUUUACCACAAGAUGCCUUUUGUCCAUGCCAAAUCUAUUGUGUACCAGAAACACCACUAACAGCCUGCAUUGAGAAGCAAUAUAAAUCAGAUUAAAU